GAGAGACCCUCACAGAUCCAGUUAGAUUAGUUAGUGCGCGCGCGGGGGCUGUGUGUUCCGGGCUGCAGAUGAGCUGUGUGUGUGAGAGAGAGGCUGAAAGUUGUGAAAGUUCUCCUCUGAUUUCUCUUUUGUUUCCUGCAGGAUAAAGAGAUCAUGCUCGCCUUCAGUCUGGACCUCAGCCCGCUGAAGGAGCCGCUGGGGUUUAUCCGGGUGCUGGAGUGGGUGUUUGCCAUAUUUGCGUUUGCGUCCACCAGUGGUUAUUCUGGGACAACAAGCUUUAACAUCCAGUGUCAAGGGCUCAACCCUCCACAUCAGAUCAACAUCACCUUCCAGUACCCUUUUAGACUUAAUGAGGUCAAAUAUGAUGUCCCAGCCUGCAAAGUCAAUAAGUCUGAGAGCAGCACAAGCUACCUGACUGGAAACCAGUCCUCUUCAGCUGAGUUUUUUGUUGCUGUUGGAGUUCUGGCCUUCCUGUACUGUUCUGCCACCCUUGUGCUGUACCUGGGCUACCAGAACCUGUAUCGCGAGUCGAACCGCGGACCUCUUAUAGAUCUGCUGAUCACUGGGCUGUUCACGUUCCUGUGGUUGGUGAGCUCGUCUGCCUGGGGGAAGGGUCUGAACGAUGUGAAAAAUGUAACACAUCCGAAUACUCUUGUCAGCAUGACCUCUGUUUGUAGGGAACCCAAAAAUGUCUGCACAGCUGGUGGGGUUCCCUCCUACGGACACCUCAACUCCUCAGUGAUUUCUGGAUUUCUCAAUCUCAUUCUCUGGGCGGGAAACUGUUGGUUCGUCUUCAAGGAGACACACUUCCACCAAUCUUCACCUCCUCCAGCCAGUCAGAUAGGAGGAAGGCAGCCUUGACAAACAGAGAAGGUGGCUACUCCAUAAAAAGAAGAAAAAAAGGUCUACAAGUGCUACUGCUAUUGGCUCUGUUGCAAUCUGGAAAAAGAAAAGUGGUAAAGGACAGCAUUUACACUCCCUAUGUGCCACUGUAGAAUAUUAGUGCUGUUCCUUUGCUUAUUUUAUAUGUUGGAAGUCAGUCUGUUCAUCUCAUGAUAGAACACCAGCAACUGAGGAGGAAGCCAUGAACCAAAUUGUCAUUAAACGUUUUAUUUUAAUUACCUCAGGAGAUUAAAGCAUUUGGCACAUUUGGUGGGCGGAUUAUGUGCUAAAACAGGUACUGAAAUUGGAUUCUCUUUACUGAGAUAAAGCUGUAGCUGCAGAGUGAAUAAAAAUAAGAAAAUUAUAAGCAGAAUCAUAAAUAAAACUGUAAACUCUGCAUUAGAAAGGAGAAGAGAACAAAGCCAGAGUUAUAUAUGAGGUGUGUAAAUAUGGUCUGUAGAGGUGUGAGAUGGUGGUACACAUGAUAAGAAUCCCUUUCUUGAGUGGGAUUGAAAUUACAUGGCACUAAAUUUAAUUUAAUCUAUGCAAUUUCAAUGAAUAAUUUGCCAUUAUAUUAUGUUUAUAUAUUUUGUGAAUUUGUAAAACAGUGUUUACACCAGUCAUCCUCCUUUUAUCCUGUUCUUUAAUGACCAGGACCCCACAGGAUCAUCACGGGUAUUAUUUGGGUGGUGGAUUGUUCUCAGCAAUGCAGUGGAUCAGAUACAGCAGUGCUGCUGGAGUUUUUAAACACUGUGUAUAAUCACUCACUGUCAUUUAUUCUCUUUUACACACUCCUACCUACAGUAGCUGCUCCACCUUGUAGAUAAAAUGAAGUCAGAGACAGAAGCUCUGAAUGAGUUUACAUCCAGUGUUGAUCAUCCUUUGGUAAAAAUGCUCUAAGCUAUAUAUAAGCUAUAUAUAUGUAGGUAUAUAUAUGUAGGUAGCUAUAUAUAUGUAGGUAGAGACAUUAUCAAUUUUUUCAAAAAUUCUAAAAUUAUACAGGUAUUUAAAUUGAGUUAUCAAACUAAACUCAAUUAACAUUUUUAAGUGUCCGUCAAAUAACGUAAAGCAGCGUCAUGUCGCAAAACCACAUUAUGAAGCUUUUUUGCGAAGAUUACUUUAUUAUCACUUUUAUAUAAACCGAGUUUAUGCAAAGUGACCACGCCUAUAUAUAUAUAGAUAGAUAGAUAGAUAGAUAGAUAGAUAGAUAGAUAGAUAGAUAGAUAGAUAGAUAGAUAGAUAGAUAGAUAGAUAGAUAGAUAGAUAGAUAGAUUUGCAUGAAUAAUUGAUGAAUUUACUGUACAAACGAUUGGGAAGAUAGAAGGUAAGUAGCACGAUAAACACUUUUUUAUCAACCCGACAAUAUUUAUCGUCAUAUCACACAGCACUACCCUGGAAUAUUGUGCCAUAUCACCCACGCCUAAUUAUUACAUCAGGGUACUACUUUUUUUUUUGCUGUUUUUAGCAAAAAGAAAAAUUCACACUGUUCUUAUUUCCCAUUAUAUAUCUACCAGAGACAUAUUAUAUCUGUCCAGUAUCAUUUAUUUUACUUUAAUCCUGGAUAUAUGGAGAUAUUUGGAGUGCAUUAUUAGUAUUAUUAGUAUCAUGACAUUCUGGAUCAUUGACUUUUGUUACAAAUUUGAUUAAAUUCUUGUAUUUUAUAAUAUAUCAGUUAGGGGUGUGCCAUGUCAUAUUGUAUGCAAUAAUACAAUUUAAAUGUCAUUUUGUUGCAGUAAUGUAUUCUUAAAAUAAUAUUUUUUAAAUCAGUGUUUUGUCGUAUCGCCAAAAGUAUUGAUAUCGCGAAAAUACCAUGAAAUAUUGUGAUAUUAUUUUAGGGCCAUAUCGCCAACCCUUAUCCUGUGGUCCUUCAUCAGUGCCAAGACACUGAGGUGUUUAAAAACUCCAGCAGCACGGCUGUAUCUGAUACCAUCUCUCGCCUCUCAUACCAUCACAACACACACUAACGCCUCAUACACCAUGCCAGCAUCACUGCAGUGCUGAGAAUAAACGACCCACCACCCAAAUAAUAAUAAGAGCUGCUCUGUGGUGGUCUUGUGGUUUUCCUGUGUGGUCCUGAACAUUGAAGAACAGAGUGAUUAAAGUGUAUAAUAAAGUGUGCAGAGAAACAGAUACAGGACUAAAUGUUCCUGUAUGAUCAGUGGAGCGCAAAAUAUGGAUACCAUAAUAAGUGUAGAAAUAAGUAGUUGGCCAUACUGUUACUAUGCGUGAUCUGUGUAGAUAAGACUGAGCAAACUGUAGCUGUUUAGAUAGACAGAAAUGACACAUGCGGCUGCAGGGCACUGUUACAAUACUUUAAUUACAGGGUUUAUUAUCCGCUAUGAAACUUGUGUGUAUCAGAAUAUCAGAAUGUAAUGUGCACAUGCCUGAGUGUAACACUGAACACUGCAGAAACCAAUGAUUGUAGAAAAGCAUGGACAGUGCUUAAAUCUUUUAAAUAAAUAAUUUAAUAACAUCUCAACACCCCAUAAGUUUUAGUGACGGCCUCACCAUUUUUUCCAUCUUAUUGUCCUCCUCUGAAUUCUAACCUGUAUUUCUCUCCAAUUUCAACAGUUUAGAACAGUUUUGCCUGUGCUAAAACUGUGCUUGGCUCAUUUUUCAAUUCUCUCUAUAUAAAAACAUCAUAAAAUUGCCUCUUUACUGAACUUCAUUUUAAAAAUAAUAUUUUCCUGAAUACAAAUUGAACAGUUCAUAACGUUUAGUUUCAUUAUGUUUGUCUAGUUUUUAUGUCUAUUUUCAGACAUGCAGAAUUUGGGUUGAUUCCUGUUACUUAAGUGGAGUAAAGAGAGACAACAGGCAGCUUCUCCAAGUGUCCUGUUGGAGAUUUCAAAACCCUCAAGAAUGUAAAUGUUAUUUUACUACAUAAAAAAAAAAAAAACGAUUUUCACCUACACCUGUAGCCUGUAUAUGAAGAUUUUGGCUUAUUCAGUGCUCUUACCAAAUUUAUUUUACCUGUCUUGUCAAAGUCUAAAUAGAGUUUACAUGUAAUUUGAUGGAAAUGUUAAUUGUUUUGUAAUAAAAUACAUUUACUGCACUUUUUGAACAAACCAGUUAUCCAGGGGCAACCUCCACUUUGCUCAGUGAAGG